AUGUUCCCAAACUCCCUUACCCACAGAGGCUACAGAAAGAAGGAGGGAUCAACAAUCCCCAAAUUCUUGGAAAUCUUUGGGAAACUUGAAAUCAACAUUCCAUUAGCUGAGGCUUUGGAACAGAUGCCAUUAUAUGCAAAGUUUCUUAAAGAACUUAUCACUAAGAAGAGAAGCUGGCAUGAAAAAGAAACUAUGGUCCUAACCCAAGAAUGUAGUGCAAUCAUUCAAAAGGGACUUCCACCAAAGCUUAAAGAUCUAGGAAGCUUCCUUAUACCAUGCACUAUAGGGAACAUGACAAUAGAUAAAGCACUCUGUGACUUGGGAGCAAGUAUUAAUCUAAUGCCUCUUGCCAUGAUGAAGAAAUUGAUGAUAGAAGAGGUCAAGCCUACAAGAAUGUCAUUGCAACUUGCUGACAGAUCUCUCAAGAUACCAAAUGGAGUUGUGGAGAAUCUAUUAGUAAAAGUUGGAAAGUUUAUUUUUUCGUCUAACUUUUUGAUCCUAGACAUGCAUGAGGAAGGGAAUAACUCAAUUAUCCUUGGAAGACCUUUCUUGGCCACAGCUCGGGCAAUCAUUGAUGUUGAGAAGGGAGAAAUGGUUCUCAGGGUGCAUGAGGAGCAAAUGGUUAUCAAUGUUUUCAAGGCAAUGCAAUACCCUGCUAAGAAAGAAAAUUGCAUGAGGAUUGACAUGGUGGACACUCUGGUUGAAGAAGCACUUGAAGCAAACCAAUAUGAAGACCAUAAAGGGAAAGCUCAAGACAUAGAGGAGGAAGACUCAAACGAGACACAAGCACUGGUAAAUUUAAGUGAAGCUAAGGAAGAAGGGGAACCAAAGCAAGAGUUAAAGCCUCUGCCUCCCAACCUCAAAUAUGCCUUCCUUGGUGGAGAGGAUACCCUUCCAGUAAUCAUUAAUUCAUCCUUGAGCACGCAAGACGAAGCCAAACUGAUUGAGGUGUUGAAAACUCACAAGACAGCUUUAGGAUGGACAAUUGAUGACAUUAAGGGUAUAAGCCCUGCUAUUUGCAUGCACAAGAUCUUGCUAGAAGAAGACCCAAGACUAGUGGUACAACCCUAA